UCCGAUACCUUCCAAAACCUUUUUAAAACCAUUUUUUAAGUAAAAAAUGAAAUUGAGUAGAAAAGACGUAAAAGUCAGAAGGUAGCAAUUCUACAACUUAUUUACUCAAAUACACACGCUUUCGACUAAAAGACAGAAUAUACAGAAUAUACUGAAAAACAAGAUUCUAUAAUCUUCUUGUGAGAUCUCCGCUUCUGUGGAUCCGAUUGGAGCUGAUAUGGAAUACAAUCGCCAGCCGUGUCCCAUCAGGAUUGUGGAGGACUGCGGGUGCGCUUUUUUGAUGGGCACCACAGGAGGAUCAUUGUUCCAAUUCCUCAAGGGUUACCGCAACUCGCCAACCGGUUUACGGCGUGGCCUGUACGGCGGAUUUGAGUCGUUGAAGUUGCGGACUCCGGCAAUCGCCGGGAGCUUUGCCAUUUGGGGUGCCACCUUCAGCACGGUGGACUGUCUCAUGAUUUCUUAUCGGCAAAGGGAUGACCACUGGAACUCGGUGCUCAGUGGAGCCGCCACUGGAGGAAUUUUGGCUGCUCGCAACGGCAUUCGGGCCAUGGCCAACAGUGCCUUUGUGGGCUGUCUCGUUUUGGCCAUGUUAGAAGGAGCCGGUACAGCCGUGGCCACAAUCUAUGCAUCUGACGAAGAUGGUGCCACAGUCUUUGAUGUCAAGCAACCGGAGAGACCCCAAUGGGAAGCUUCGUUUGUAAAUUUGGUGGACUCUGAAAAGAAGACUUCCUCCAUCGGUCAAGAACUGGCCAUCUCGGAGUUUGGGCGCGUGCUGGAUAAAUGUCGAGUCUAUAGGGCCCGGAAAUUGACGCUGCAGGAUACGGGAUUGGAUAUUUUGAAGGGUAAAGAACAGGAGCGGAUGGAACCAUCGCCAUCGCUGCUGGAUCUGGUCAAGCUCGCCGAUAUUAUUUGAUAAACCAACAAAACUCUUUAAUUUUUGAGUCAAUCUUGUGUUUUCGCGGUCCCUUUUCUAAAUUAUGUGAUAGUGAAUUAACGUUAGGCUAACGAUACUCUCUGUUGAUUUAUUGUAUUUUUGUAAUCGCAGCAUUCCUUAACAUAUUAAAACCAUUUUCUUGGAGAGCUUA